ACGAUUUCUUGUAGUGUGUAUGGCUACCAUUAGUAGUUAAUAGCCUGUGCGUGCUGUGAUUGUUUUGCUUUUGCUCGGAGGCUGAGGGAGGUGCGAUACCCACGUAGCUUUACUUGAUAAUUUUAUCGAAAAGAACCUUUAUCUUACUUAUUAUUUAUGUAUUGUUAUUAAAUGUUUAUUCUGUAUAGAAACACUUAUUUACUUUUCUUACAACUCUAAUUUUUUUUUUCAUAAUGGACUUGUUAAAAACUCCUUCAAUGCAGUCUUUGCUAGAUUCUGAUUUAGAAUCUGUUGAAAGUCUUCAGUACUUAGAUAUUGAAGAGUUAGAUGAAGUAGAAUAUGCAUUACCUCCAAGUAAUGCACCUACUCUGGCUGAAGUAUUAUCAGCUGAUGAAGGAGACGGAGGUAUUCCUACACCUAAUAAAAACAGUGAAGAACCUUAUUCCUGUUCAACACUUCAGGUGGAUUUUUUGCAAGCCAUAUCUCAGCAGCUAGCACAGGCUCAGGAACGAUCAUCAGCCGGUACAGCAACCUCAUUAAGUGUAGGGAUUGGAGGCAAAUUGACUGUAGGAACAGCACAUGGGCAAAUUUUAUCAUUUUUUGAACAGACAUUGCGAUGGGUCUGUAAUUCAAAUGUGGAGAAAGGAGCGGUAUCCUGUCUAUCUUACAAUCAGGAUAGUACACGCUUAUUAGCAGGAUAUGCACAAGGUUUAAUAUGUCAAUACGAAAGUAUAAGAGGUAUAUUAUUGAGACGGGUAACACUAGGUGGAGAUAUAUGGGGUGUCCUGCGAGUGACAUGGGCAGGAACAUCUGGCUUAGCACUGGACACUGGUGGUUCUGUUUGGCUGAUAAAGUUUUCUAGGCCUUUAGGAGUCCGUGCUGCACGUACGUCAUGCCUUUUCUCUGGAGCUCGAGGGGAAGUUGUAGCAAUGACAGCACGAGAUGCUCGUAUUCUGGCUUUGGCAACAUUAUCUCGAGUAAUUAUUGUGGCUGGUGGCAGAGCAGCAGGCAUACGACUCGGAGGUCCACCUGAUACACUUCCCGUAUUAGAAUGGUGUGAAGCUGAUGAUAAAGUGUUAGUUUGUGGUCGCGCUAAGACACUGCAGUGGUUGUCAGUGACAGUUACUGGUUCAUCAAUAUCUCUUAGGCCGCUACAACGUGUGGAAUUAAAAUCAACACCUCUAUGGCUGGGAUGGCUUGGUGGAAAUUUAGCCAUUUUUGAUGCUAACGAGAAUCUUAGAUUAUGGGGAGAAGACUAUGAUAAGCCUCUCGACUUAUCAAAUGUUGAGCCAGUUUAUGCGUCUGCUUUUUUCAAGGGCCUGUUUACUGAUGGUAGAGUAUCACGGGCGAUGUGCAAGGCUGGCGUUAGUGCUCUCGGGGGCGUCUGCGUCUUAGAGGGCGCACUGUCGUUGCUAGGGAGGCGCGGUAUAGUGAGAGUCAGACCGCGAGACCUCAUCGCCAGAGCUAAAGCAUUGCUAUCGUCAGGCCACCAUUUACAAGCACUGAAAUUACUUUGCACCACCCAAGGGUCGGAAGUGAAAGCACUAGCUAACCAGUUCAUAGUGAAUGUAUCCGAAAGACCACAUUUAUUGUCAAACAGAAAUAUGGCUGAACAAAUUAUAAAAUUGUGUCUGAAACUAAAUUUAAGCAACGAGUUAUGGACUACUUUAUGGGAGCAUUGCUCAAGUGAAAAUGCGUUUGUUGAAGCCUUAGGUGACGCGGCAGUUCGUGGGGAUUUUGCAACAAAAGCUCCCAGUCCAGAUUCAACCCAGGCACUCAUAGAACGGUUGGCGGAGUUCGAGCCUGGUCUAGUGGAACGCGUGGUGGCGUCGCUGCCGUUCAUCGCGCUGGACCCGCACCGUGCUAGCGUCUUCACGCGCGAGAGGAAGCUGUGGCGUGGUGUCGGUGCCAUCGCGGCCGCUUUAGGUGGCAGCAGUGGAGCGGUACGCGAGCUAGCGCCGCACGUGCAGGCGGGGUGCGGUGGUGCCCGCGAGGGGCGGGUGUGCACGUGCGCGGGCGACGCGCUGGUGCUGGCGGCGGCCGACGCACUAGCGGGGCGCGGCGCCGCCGGCCGCCCGCUGCCCGACCACGCGCGACCCUCCGCCCGCCACGACGCGCUGCACGCGCUGCUGGCCGCCGACGUGCGGUGUGACGGCCAGUCGCCGUUGCGUGUAAUGGUAAUGCACGAUGCGAGCGCCGCCGUGCGGCUCCUGGAACAGAGCGCUCGCGAGCCGCCGUUCGCUGGCCCGCUUGCCAAACAGAACCGCCUGAGGGUCGCGCGAGCACUACUUGAGAUGACUCCAGAACUGCAGGAUGACAAAGCGCGCACUGAGAUAUUGGAAUUCAUCACUGGACAACUCAGUACAGGAGCACUUCCGUCCGAUCAAGAAGUGGUGAAAGGUGUGCAGGAACUGGCGGUGGCGACGAGCGGCGAGCGCGCCGACCGCGCGUGGGUGACGCUCGCCGCCCGCGCGCCCGCGCACUCCGACCGCCUGCGCGACCUGCGCGAGCUGGCCGCGCACCGCCCCCGCGUGCUCUGGAAGAUCGAUGCCAUCCUCCACAAUCCAGAUGAAGCGAUACAAAAUUUUUUUCGAAUAAUUCACCCCUCCCCCACGGACGCCGACGAGUUUUUUGAAUACGUUCAAACUAAAAUCGAAACGGACGGCGACACUUUAGAUCUCGAGCCACAUCUUCCCGCCUUAAUAUCACUUCGACCGCGAGCCGCCGCAGCGAUAAUUCCAGACCGCUACUUGGACAAGGUGGCACCCAUAUUAGAAACUGCACCGUCCGAAAAAACUUUAGACUUCGCAGAGUGUCUGCUCGAAAGCGGCCGCCUUCAGGGGGACUCGGCCGCCGCGUAUCUGAAAGCUCUCGGCGAGACGAGACCGGCGGACGUGGCAGACUUUCUUGCAAGGAAUCCGGGCGUCGUCCGGCCCGAGCGAGCGCUCGCCAUCGUGCGCGAGAUUAACGCUUUAGAUGCCGAGGCCGCGUGCUUGGAGGCCGCCGGGGACCCGAGCCGGGCUCUCGACACCAUCCUGAGGCGCGCGAGACUGAGGAGCGGGGACGAGGCUGCAGCGGCCGCAGCGGUCGCGGAAGCGGCAGAGCUAUGCGUCAGGGUAGCGUCGAACGUGCCGCCCGCUGUCGCGGAGGAGAUGUGGACGCGGCUCCUGGGGAGCGUGGACGUCACUCCGGCGGCGCUCCUGCUGGAAGCCGCGGCAUACGUGCCGGUGGAGAAGCUCAUAGCGCACGCGGGCUCUUCGGGUGGCGGCGCCUUGGCGCUGCUGGGAUGCGCGGCAAGUCGACGGAGCGGGUGGGCCUGCGCGGCACGCGUGGCGGGACGCGAAGCGCACGAGGCGGUGGCGCGCGCACUGGCGGCAGCGCGGCGCGGGCUGGCGGUGCGGGGCCGUUGCGUCGCGUGCGCCCUCCGGCUGGCGGCCCUCCCGCCCGUGCGUACGCUGCACUGCGCCCGCGCCGCGCACGCCGAUUGUGGCACGGAGCUCACGUGCGCGUGCGGCCGCCGCGUGCCGGACGCUCUGUGGACGCCGCCGCCGCCGCCGCAGAACGCGCGCCGUUCCACCUCCUCGCCGCAAGAACACGCUCUGCGGCUGAUCGCACCGCCCCGACCCGAUCUCGAAGGCAUCGUUUAGAAUAAAGCGUCAGCAUCGAUAGUUAAAUAAAUCUAUGCAGUAGAUUAAACGAGGAUGCCGUUUGAAAAGACGUCUGGUUUCUUUUCAUUUCCCUUAAAAGGACUCGUUGAUAGAUAUAGGUAUUUAAAAUUUUACUGUAACUAUUUAUUAUAAUAAAUAUAUUAACG